UAUAUACCCCUUCAAAGCCGUUAGGGUUUUUUUGAAGCAGUGGCUCGUAGCACCGGGAAAAAAAAAUUCAACACAUUACGUAGAGUCGCAACUGCGGCGAAAAUGGUGGAAAAGGGUAGCAAGGCGAGGAAAGAGGAGGUCGUCGCAAGGGAAUAUACAAUAAACCUACAUAAACGCCUGCACGGAUGCACCUUCAAGAAGAAGGCUCCCAAAGCCAUUAAGGAAAUCAGAAAGUUUGCCCAAAAGGCAAUGGGCACAACUGAUGUAAGAGUCGACGUGAAGUUGAACAAACAGAUCUGGAGCCGUGGAAUUCGAAGUGUGCCAAGAAGAAUCCGUGUCCGCAUUGCACGCAAAAGAAAUGAUGAUGAAGAUGCUAAGGAGGAACUUUACUCUUUGGUAACUGUUGCCGAAAUUCCCGAAGGUGGGCUCAAGGGAUUGGGCACUCAAGUCAUCGAGGAUGAAGAGUAAAUUUAUUUUUCUGUUUAAAGUUUUUGCUCUCUGGUGUACCCGUAGUUAUUGAGAGAAUUGGACUUUUGUUUCUUGUUCUUAUUAGAAGAUUCACUUCAAUGGAUACUAUUGUGUGGUCUACGAAGGCAUUGAACUCUGUUAUAAAUUUGUCUUUGAUGCUUGAAUUAAUUUGAUUUUGUUUA